ACUACCUUUUGCUACAUCGACAGAUCUUCACAUCAGAAGGCUGUAUCACUCUGACCGCUGCCCCCAGUCAUCACAUCAGGGAUGAGUCGCCAGACCGUCACGGCGUCUCCCGAGCCCGAGUCCGGGCCAAGUCACGAUCGCGGACAGGCAGACGACGACAAGGAGCAAGGAAAUCAGGUCACCGUAUCAGAGGAGCCGGCCUCCAUGUCCUCGUCACCAUCGUCUUCCAAUCACUCUCUUGUAGCCUCGCCGUCUCGAUCUCCGAAGGCUUCGACGGACUCUCGGCCUACUUCCCCUUCUCCAUCUCGACCUCGUCGGCCUGCACUGGACGGGGAGGGGGAGGGAGAGCAGCAACAGGACCAGCAGCAACAGCAAACGCGGACGUCCUCACCGCCCCCUUCCUCCUCACCCGUACAAGCAGAUGGUGACCAAGGAGAGGGAGAUAGCGCCUCUCCUCUUGCCGCAUCGCCCACCUCCGAGAAAGCCGAUCCUUUCUCUACGUUGAAACCUGGAGGCAGUUCCACGACAGAUUCUAGUGAGACAGAACCCCAAGAGGGAAGGCAGGAGGAGAGUUCAGCCGGAACUCGGACACGGCAGACUAGCAGGGAGUAUAAAGAGACGCUCGAUGCCAAGACCAAAGAUGAGAAGGAUGGUACUCGCAUGCUCAAUCAGUAUCACCUCACCCGAGUCAUCGGGCAAGGCGCCUAUGGUGUCGUCUUCGAGGGACGUCUCCGAGACAAUGCCUCUGAAAUCUUUGCCGUCAAGGAGCUCUCCAAGACUCGACUGAAGAAGUCACGUCGGAGCGAACAGCUCCGGCGGCCGGGUGCAGCUCGAGGUGGACUGAGAGGCAGAGGGCUACAAAGAGGACCUUCAAGAGGAACUUCUUCGGACAGGGAGGAGGACAAGGAUCCGCUAGAGCUGAUACGGAGAGAGAUCGCGAUCAUGAAGAAACUUAAUCAUCCGAAUAUCAUCUCGCUGCACGAGGUGCUGGACGAUCCUUCGAGGGACGAGCUGUACAUGGUCGUGGAAUACUGUCCAGGUGGAGUUAUCAUCGAUGUCAAGCUGCACGAGCGGACCACACCGCUGAAAGAAGAGGUCGCACGCUCCUACUUUGUGCAAAUCCUCCUGGGCAUCGAGUACCUCCAUUCCAGCGACAUUGUCCAUCGAGACAUCAAGCCCGCCAAUAUACUCCUCGCCGAAGAUGGAAAGACGUGCAAGAUUGUAGAUUUUGGAGUCUCGGAGCUCUUUGCUCCCUCGGAAAAGCCAGCUGAUGCAGUCUCUACUGCCAGAGGGCAGGGUACACCGGCGUUCCUCAGUCCGGAGAUCUGCUCGGCUCGAGCUCCCUCCUCCCGUAAAUCGACAGACGAGAGGAGACCUUCCCAGGGGGAGGGAGCGGGGUCAGAGAAAGCCGGGGUCAAGUCGGAGCGGGAGACUUCAGGAUAUCGGGACGAUCUCUGGGCUCUCGGAGUGACCCUCUACUGCAUGGUCGUAGGUCAUCUCCCCUUUGACAAGUCUGGCUUCAUGGAUCUCUAUGAAGCCAUCUGCCAUGAAGAGCCCGAGUACCCGUCACACUUGUCUCUGGAAUGCGUCGAUCUCCUGCAAAAGUUCCUGAUGAAGGAUGCCGAGAAGCGCAUCACCAUUGAGGACGCACGAGAGCAUCAGUGGGUCACUCUGGCUGGCACCGCGCCCAUCCCUUCGGCAGCCAAGAAUCUCAGCUCUGUGGUCAGCGAGAUCACCGAAGACGAGCUUCGCAAAGCCAUCCGCAGAGUCUCUGGUGUGUUUGCGGUAGCAAGAGCUGUGACAAAGUUCAAGAGGCGCAAGAGUACAGCGAGGUCCACCGGCAGCAGUGCGAAUGGAGAAGGAGGCCAGAGCAGCAACGAGCGCCAAGGGUCUAUGCUCUGGCCGUCUUCUUCGAACCCUUCCUCGCCGCAAGUGCAACAGGGACCAUAUGACUCCCCUGAAGCAUCGCCUUCUGUCUCUCGGGCCGGGUCGAUGUUCUCUUCACUGACUGGCGGGGAGUCGGGUCUGGGUCUGACCUCGACAAUGACCAGCUUAAAAGCUAUCGGCACGAGCGGUGGGCAAAGUGGGCCGUCGAAUGAACGUGCUCGAUCUUCCUCGGAGCAAUCACAGAAGAGUGCUGACGGUGCAGAGACAGACUCGAGGGAGCCGGAACAGACAGCGUCCUCAUCUCUCUCCCCCAUGUCCUGGGCAAGGUCGGCAGCAUCUUCUGCGAGCUUGAGAAGUGGAGCCGCGGGUCUCACCUCGGCAAUCAAUACCGCGGCCAGUGCUGGCGCAAGUACAAUCGGUCUUGGAACGAUCGCCGAAGUGAAUACGCCCGGAUCUCCGGACAACAAGUCUGGCUGGUCGCUCUUCAAGGGUUCGAGGGAAGCAGCAGCCCAAGAGAACCACAAGGACGACUCUGGCUCUGUUGAUAUUGUGCAGUCCCCUCGUGCGGAGGGUGGUCAGGAGGGGUCAGACACGCCUACCAAAGUCGAAUCGCCUUCUAGCGAGGACAUAAAGGACAGUCCAUUCGCGCCCUCUGGGGAUGGCGAGCGUCGCCAAACCCAAACGGAUCGCCUACACGCAUCGCUGCAAGCUCUUGAGACCCGUUUAGAGGCUCUUAUGAGAAAGUCGGACCCUACGGCUGCUAAAAAGCAUCUCAGCAAUCGACUACAGCAGGCUGGUCCGCUGGAUCGCCUCUCGGCAGGUCUCAAGAGCUUCGGUCUUGAUAAGAUUGCGGCUGCGCUCGGCAGCCUUACUGGGCACGAUGCAGGGUCUCCGAGCAAGGGCGAGGAAGCAGGCAAAGAAGAUGCAGAUCAAAGCCAAGAGGACGAAGAUGAAGGCAGCGACGAGCGGCCAGUACCUCAUCGACCUGACUCCCUUAUCGAGCCAGACCAUCUACAAGAGGACAAGGAAGGGCAUAAUGUGCACACUGGCCGCAAGACUUCUCGAGGUACUGCCUCUUCGGGAGUGAAAGUCGACCGCUUCUCCGAGCAGCAAGAACACUGGGGUCGGGCGCGCGGCGAGCGCUCAUCGUCUGCGCUCGGGGACGAGCGACCGCACCUCUUCGGCGGACCUGUCGUGGAGAGCCCCUUGCGCGAGGAGGUACCUAUGCACCAGGCCGUGCAGACACUCAGUGCCCUUGUGCCGGAAGGGGACGACCGGCAGGAGCAAGGGGAAGGGAUAAAGACGGAUGUUGGAUCUGCGGGCGAGGGUAUGGGCAGCAGCAAGGGUAGCGGUAGUGGCAAGAACAGCGGCAGCGGCGAUUACUUUACCUCUUCCCUCGGACCCAAGUCCAAAGCUGCCGCGAAGCAAGGGGAGCGCCAGGACCACCAGCAGCAGCAACCAGACGAAGAGGGGGGAGCUCUCCCCUCUGCUGCAACAUCAGUCUCUCCAGGCGCAAUCGAUCCUCACUCGGGUCGCAUAGAUGGGGAGGUGCCGGCAGGUGAGGACGGGGAAAAGCGCCAUAUUGAGCGACCGGCUGUGGGAGAGCCCAGAGAGGAGGACAAGCAUGAGCCGCCCGUUGAGCCGGAGUCGGGUGCGGAGAAGGGGGAUCAAGUCAGCAGGGGCGGCGACAGCAGCAGCAGCAAGAAGGACCCUGGUGAGCGUACUGCCUCUCCCGAGACCAGGAAGAAGGGUGGCGCAGCAACGGACGCAGAUACACGACCGCGGGAAGACACGCAAACGCAAACAAGCUCGAAGAGACAACCAGCCACCAUUGAUAGUGAAGCUGCAGCAGGUCCAAUCUCUGCCGAGGAUUCUCUCCCUGCAUCUGGAUUCGGAGACAAUGAUCAGGCGGGACAGGGUGAUGAGGGCCAAGAGGGCGAAGUGAAGGACCGUAAGAAGGGCGGACAGGGGGCGGCUGUCCUCUGAUGUGCCGAUCUGCAGUGGUGAGAGCGACUGAUGGGGGAGGAGAAGAGGUGGGAAUCGCCCUUGUCCGUACGCACGAGGUACAAUUUCCUGGUUCGAUUCCCCACAAUUAUGUAUACUAGCAAAGUGCGCUUGGUUACUCUGAGCGCCUUUUAUCUUUGAUCUCCCUUUACAUUGUGCGGCGCUGCGCUCGCCCAUCCGUCCGCUCACUCGAAGUGUAGUCUAGAGAGCCAAUCAGUCAAGAACAAACAGAACGUAAUCUUCUCGCUUCUCGUUGUGCUUCAAUUGACAGGAGGGGGAGGGUGUGGAGGAAUGGAGAACACAAAUUGCGAAGACACAAACAAAGAGUAAAGGCGAGAGUUACGACACGGUCGAGGAC